ACUUGAACCAAAUUAUAUUCGUAGAGAAAGUAAAUACAAGUAGUAAUCUAAAUCUCUAUCCUUAUAGUUUUCUGUGAGACACUUUUGGAACAAAUUUCUCAUAUCAUUUGUUGCUCAUCAAGAGCAGUUUUUCAAUUGAGCAAUAUUUCUUUGAUCUUCCAAUUUUUCACUUCAAUUGCCAUGGCAAAUUAUGGAACCACACAGAGAAUUCCCACCUCCUCAACACCACAAUCCACCGCUGACACUUAUGAACCAGAACCAAAAGCACCCCAUGAAAAGUUCUACAGUGAUUUCAGAAUCUACUGCCCCAUUAACAUACCCUCAACAUCAGAAGCUGCAGGGGUACGUAUCAUGAGAAACAUGUGCAAUUUCGGAUUGUACUACACACUCUUUGUGUGGAUCAUACUCUUCAUAACCCUCAUCCCUCAGCGUAAGGUGUCAUUGAUUCUGUUUGUCAUCAUGACCUAUGUGACAACCCUUUAUUUUUUACUCUUGAGGGCAUUUCCAAACUCUGUUGUGCUUCACAGAAUCAUAGACAAAAGAGUUGUGCUGGCUUUGCUAGCAAUUGCAACUGCAGUGCAGCUGAUUUUGACUAAGGCAGGUAUACAUCUUGCAGUGACUUUGGCUAGCAGUGUGCCUGUGCUUUUGGUUCAUGCUGUUCUGUGGGCUAGUUAUGAUGCCUUUGAGGUUGAGGAUUCUUCUGCUAAAGGGGAACUGGCUCCUCUUGCUGGCCAUAGUGAAAGUGUUGCUGACAAUUCUGAUGCUGUUUAAAAUUUUGGGGGCUCACUAUGUUGUCCUUUCUGAGUUUUGUUUCUUACAUCGACAUUGAUAUCAUUAAAAUAAUGCAAAAGAAAAAAUAUAUAUAUGAUAUAAUAAGAAGAUGCAAAUGCAUACAUGUAGUGGUUUUUUUAAUACUAAGAAGUUUAGAUGAGUUAAAUUCUGGUAAUUCACUAAGGACACACGUAUUUAUUAGAUAUGAGUUUGAUCUUUAUCAAUUAGAUCAAUCUUUGUUGGCCAUAAAUAAUACAGGUACAAAGUAUAUGUACAACUAUCUUGAAUAAAAGUCUAGAUACAAAAGUGUGAAUUCCAUUUUCCUUCUUUUUUA